UUUGCAUUUGAACAAAAUGAUAUGGUAAAAAUAAGAUUUUACAUUGCAGCUGUAUUAAAUAGGAACUGUGUGCAACUGAUAUAGUGGAGGUGGAAAACACACCACUUGUUGUGAAGAGGUACAGUAUCUCUGUCUGUGUAUCUAUACCACAGGACACGUAUUCUGUUUCAGAGCAGCACCACAACUAUGUGCAGUGGUUAAAAUAGGAGGGGCUACUGAGCUCACUCAGCCUGUUCUUGCUGCUCUGCAGUGAUUGCCUGGUUGAAGGAAUGUUUGUUCUCACAAGUUUUUCCUCAGAACGAUUAACCUUUCAAAUGAAGAGUCAUUUUCCAAGCAGUUUCUCUUAGUUCAAGAAAAGGAGCAGGAGCAUGGUGUGAAGGCAGACUGUUCCUACAGCUGAGCUGAUUUGGCACCAAAUUGUGUCCUCUCUCACAAAACUUUUAUUCUGAGUUGCAACAUCCUCACCUUAUGAAGUUGGACUUUCCUGUAUGUCACCAGAGACACUUGAUUCCAAGAGCAUUCAGGAAACUGCAAGGCAGCAGCCAUGGCCCCUUCCCAGACCCUGGUGUGUGCUGCAGUGCUUGCCCUGGCAGUCCUGCAGGCCCUGGCCUCGGACACCUUCAUUGCAGUCGUGUAUGAGCACACCGUCAUCCUGCCACGCACCAUUCACAAGGUUUCUCCCGACGAUGCUUUGGCCCUGAUGAACAGAAAUAUGGAUGUUCUGGAAGGAGCUAUUAAGGAAGCAGCCCAGCAGGGUGCCCGCAUCAUUGUGACUCCCGAGGAUGGCAUUUAUGGCUGGGUUUUCACAAGGGAAGCCAUUUACCCCUACCUGGAGGAUAUUCCUGAUCCAGAGGUGAACUGGAUUCCCUGCACUGAUCCCACAAGAUUUGGUCGAGCACCAGUGCAGGAGCGACUCAGCUGCAUGGCCAGGAACAACUCCAUCUAUGUAGUUGCAAAUAUUGGGGACAAGAAGCCAUGUAAUUCCAGUGAUCCCAAGUGCCCAAGUGAUGGUCGCUACCAGUACAACACUAAUGUUGUCUUUGACUCAGAAGGGAAACUGGUGGCUCGUUACCACAAGUAUAAUCUGUUUAUGUCAGAAGCAAAUCAUUUUAAUUACCCAAAAGAGCCAGAAGUCAUCACCUUUGAGACUCCCUUUGGGAAGUUUGGCAUUUUCACUUGCUUUGACAUCCUUUUCUGGGAGCCUGCAGUAGUGCUGGUGAGUGAGCUACAGGUGGACACGGUGCUUUUCCCAACAGCCUGGAUGAACGUCUUGCCCUUUCUGACUGCUGUGGAGUUUCACUCUGCGUGGGCUAUGGGCAUGGGAGUCAACUUCCUAGCUUCCAAUACUCAUAACACCAUCAUGUCUAUGACAGGGAGCGGUAUUUACGCACCAGAUGGAGCCAGAGCAUAUUACUACAAUAUGAAGACUGAGGAUGGGCAUCUCCUCAUUGCUGAACUAGAUUCACACCCUCGCCUUUCUCCUGCCUUCCCUCCUGCUGUCAGCUGGAGCUCAUAUGCUUCAAAUGUAGAAAGCUGCUUACCAGAUGAAAAUGAUUUCAGCGGACUCAUCUUUCAUGAUCAGUUCACUUUCACUGAGCUCUCUAAGCCUGAGGGGAGUGUCACCGUUUGCCAGAAAGACCUCCGCUGCCACUUGAGCUACAAGAUGGCAGAGAAACGAGAAGAUGAAGUUUACGUGCUAGGUGCUUUUGAUGGACUUCAUGUUGUUGAAGGACAAUAUUAUCUGCAGAUAUGCACACUGCUCAAGUGUAAGAGCACGGACCUGAGCACAUGUGGGCAGCCAGUGGAGACUGCGCAGACCAAGUUUGCCAUGUUCUCCCUCAGUGGCACAUUUGGCACUAACUACGUCUUUCCAGAAGUCUUGUACAGCGGUGUGCAGCUGGCCCCUGGGGAAUUUGAGGUAUUGAAGGAUGGGCGUUUGAUAAGUAAGACAGCACCAACAAAGCCAGUUGUCACAGUGACACUUUUUGGACGGUGGUAUGAAAAGGAUUCUCUGAAACAAGAUCCACAACCGACAGCCUUCCUAUGAUGUUACUGUAACUGAAGGUGUACACUAACAAUCCCAUGUCCAAAUGAGAUGCAUUAUUCUCUACCAAAAUAAUCAGGAUUAUGUUUCUUCCUGUUGCACAAACUUCUUAAUGCGUUCUGAUUAACUAAAAUGCAGUAACGUUACUGAUAUCAUUUACUGACAACUAUUUCUAUAUUAUAAUAUUAGUAGUCUUUUAUUAUUACAAAUUAGCAGUUGUAUUUAUCUCUGUUUUCUGUAUUUUGAAUUUCCUAGCCCUCAGAAAACCUGUAUUUUUGGCUAGAGGAUAAAUUCUUCUUAAAAUAACUCUGCAAAUUUUGUAAUUGCAAAUUAUUUUGAGACCAGUAGAUAAAGCAGUGAAAAAUAUGAUAAAUGGCAGCUUUAUACAAAAAAGCUCAAUAAUUCUUUUUUUCUGGUAUGCAAUUACUAAUGCUGACUUAUGCAGGUCUUUUUUUUCUAACCACAGUUACACGUGAUUUUUUUUUCUCCUAUUUGUGCUGUUUUGGUUUUGUUGUCUUUAUGUUGUCAGCACACAUUGUGUGGCACGCUGCAGCACAGAACAGUGCAUUGUGAAGACAGAGCAGGAAUUCCAUUCAACAUGUCAACUCUGAACCAAAGCCUGAUACCUCUUUUUGUACACAGCUGACUUUGAAUGAUCACUUCUCUGAAAUCUCUGUUGAACAACUUUAGACUGAAAUCUCAGUAUAUUCUGCUUGCCGGUUCUGAACAAGAGUUUAAGGGCUUCUGAUUGUACCAUAUGCAGUGCUGGAGCUGUCUGUAGCCAGAAUGAGGUCAGCAAGUGCCUAGUUUCAUGUAACAGCUUCUUCCUCCCCUCCUCUCGGUUUCUUUCUGGUCAUGUAAUGCUGGAGUAUGUGAAAUAAGGCUUAUCUUUGCUGCUUCAUGACAAUGCUGGGUGGUGCUGCCCUGCAAAUUCAUUUACUGUUGGGACUGGGAGAUCAGCUAUUCCAUGAGAAGGGUCUGUUUAUGUCUUUGCUUCUUCCUGAGUGACCCGUGCUUUGCUGCUGCUGCAGGACCCUAGUAACUUUCCUUCAGUGUAUCAAUAUGUCUCUCUCUGUGCAUCUCUCCCUGUGGCUAUGUGUUUUAAAAGGAGUCAGACACCCCUGCUAGUCCCAAUUCCUCUUUCUUUUUUCCUUUCUUUGGUUAUGGAGCUGGUAAGAAGUCAGAAAUGCAAAUACUAUCCAAACUCCAACGCUGAUUAUUAUUGAGUGCUGCGUGAGCCCUUAUGCUUUUAAAUGCAAAUAAAUAUUCACAUGUGAUAUAACAUAAUAGUGUGGAUCUGCUUAUCAGAAACCAUCUUCCCACCCCUGCCCCAUGUCCUCUGACUGAUGGAAUCUCAGCAUCAGUGCUGCUGGAGCCACUCUCUAUGAAAAUCUUGUUCACUCUUAAGAGUCAGUGGUUGCUUGACUACAGACAGGACAAACCAUUAAAUUCUUUUUGUUACAAAGAUUGCAUAGCAAUUAUAAUCACAAAAUAUGUUGCUGUGUGAAAUGAAACAGGCAUACAGAAUGAAAUCCUCUGCAAAUCUACCCAUUCAUAUGCAUACCAACUCACUAUGCAUAAAGACAUCUACAAUAAACCAUUCUUCCAGGUCAGUAUAGCAAAAAAAUCAUAUUCCUAUACCUGACAGCUAAUUCAGAAACAAAGAAGGUAAGAAACCACAGCACCCAGAUACAAGGGACUUAUGCGCAUGUGUAACUUAAUCUUCAAGAUUUCCAACGGGGUGGUCUGUAGAUCUCACCAUAACAGGGUGCAACAGGCAAAAUGUAGAAGUUACGGCUCCCAGGUGUGACUCUUCUCUAGCAGAGAUCUUUUUUCUAGGGAUGAGAGAUCCUCACAGCUCAGUUGGUGAGCAGCGUGCAGGCCUGCCCAGGCUGGCAUUCCUGCUGCAAAGUGGGCCCUGAGCUGGGAGCAGCGGGGCUGUGCCCACAUGGCAGCACUGAUGGCCUGCAGCCUUGCCCGCACCCAGCAGUUCUCCAGGAAUGUGUCAGUUCCAGUCUCUGCUGUCAUUUCCCAAACUCCUGCAAUCUGGUUUGCUUUGAAUGCCAUGUCUGAAUAGUUCAUUAACCUGGCAGGCGAUGUGUUUCUUCAGCUGCAGCACAGCAAGCAGGAUUGCUCAAUGCUCACAGCUCUCUAGCUUUUGAUGUUCUGAGUUUCAGGAUAUGGUGUCGGCUUCCUAGAACUCGGGGAAUUCACAGGUUUCUGCAAGACCUUCCUUACUGAAGUUCCCUGUCUUUGCUUGCUCCUGUCCUCUUGGGUGACUUCAGUCUUCAGGUGUGGGGCUUUUGAGGGCUCAUGUCUCUGCUGUGGUUUUGGUGCUGUCUGCUCCUAAUGCCUGGGCCCUGGACAGCUAUGUUACAGCUGCCUACAAGCACAAUGUGCACUUGUCAGAGGUCAGAGAAAUGCCUGCUUCUCCUGAUGAGACCUUAGUGCUGGAAAAAAUGAGUUCUGAGUGGAACUGCACGGUGAAAAGGAAGAUACUGUCAGGGUGAUGAGGCUAUUCCUUGAUGUCUUGCUGAGCAGUCAGUAUGAAUAGCAGGAUUAUGUUCUGUCCUCAGAGACAUACCUCAAGUUGGAACAUUAGAAUUUUUAUGAAGCAUUUGGAGCUAUAGUAGAAAUGUGCCUUUCCAAAAUAUUCUGCAAAGCAUUGUUCUUUGUGAGGAAUAAAAAUUGUUUUGUAUGAUCAAUUUAAAAUUGCUUAUUGUGCAAAAACAUGCUUUUAAUAAAAUAGCAAAAAUAAACAAUUCUAUGUUAAUUUAUUU